CAUCACGUCUCCAGAACACUGGGACGCAUGUGCAUUUGAAGAUUGGGGCAAUGGUGGUGUCUGAGAGCGACAGGAAGUCAUUCGGAGAAGCGUGUUCAUAACAAGCAUGAGGUCAUUUUUUGGCUGAAUACUUGACAAUCUAGGCAAAAUCCGCUACCGCGGCCGAGAAUCAAUGAAAUGCGACAAGGGACGUUCAUCGAGGAUAACCAUUCGAUGAGUUCUGUGCCAAUUGAGUUGAGUCGGGAAGUUUAAGUGCAUGUGUCCAGGCUCGGUUCGUGUGGCCGUGAUUGGCGCUGGAGCAUCUGGUCUCGCUCAGCUCAAGCAGCUUCUUGAUGCGUUCGCUCGGCCAAACACGCCCCAGCUCGACGUAGUGGUAUAUGAAAGUCAGCGUGAAGUCGGCGGGACAUGGUUUCGAUCUAGCCAUGACAAGAAGAAGUAUAUCCGCCAUACCGACUCUGAUGGCCAGCUUUUCUUCUCUCCCGAUGCUGAGAACCCGUCGCCGAUGUACGAUGGCCUUCGGACCAAUCUUCCCUAUGAUCUCAUGAGUUAUCGAGAUUUUCCGAUGGAGCAUGAUGAUAUCUUUCCGGACCAACCGGCUGUCGAGCGUUAUCUGCGUGACUAUGCCAAGAAGUUCGACCUGUACAAAUAUAUCAGGUUCAAUACGCCCGUGAAGAGACUUUACCGUCAUGGCAAGUGGCGUAUCGAAACGGACACUGUUGAGGAUUUUGACUUUGUCUGCGUUGCCAAUGGUCAUUAUGCGGACUCCUGGAUCCCUCUGAUCCCUGGAUUAGAUUCAUUCCCCGGAGAGGUGCUUCAUUCUCGAUACUAUCGUUGCCCGGAAGAUUACGCAGGGAAGAGCGUCAUGGUCGUAGGGUCAUUUGCCUCAGGCUCAGACUUGUCAAGACAGCUGGCAGGCUUGAACCUGACGGGGCGGUCGAUGACCGUAUACCUGUCUUCGUCCGGAUCGACCUACUCUCCACCGCCAGGACCAGAUGACCCUCCACAACCGUGGAGAGAGUACAUCCGCAAUGUCCCGUUGAUAUCGCGCAUCGAUGAGACCAAGAUUUCUUUUGAGGACGGGUCUCAGGUCGACGACGUCGACACGCUGAUCUUCGCCACGGGGUACCGGUACAGUUUGCCAUUUUGCAAAGCUUUCGAUGAGCCGUGGAAGUCUACACCUCCACUAGAUAGGAUUGACGGAUCACUGUCUGGGCUGUCUAUGAGACAGCUCGACGAGCUUUUGCUCUUUCUCAAAGACGACAGGACGAUAUCUUUUCCUGUACUGCAAUACCAAAUAGUACCCUUUCCCCUCGCCGAGGUCCAAGCUCGCCUCACUGCUUUUCUCUGGGCAGGUCUCUUCAUGCUCCCAGAACACCUCAACCUCCCGUCAAACCCAUCGAAUCACCACUCUACCCCUCCCGCAACGCCCCCGGAUACACCCGUCCGCAAGGUUGUCUCGAUGCGCCAAAACUUGGUCUUUGGUGCGCCCUACGAGUUCAUCUACGCCGAGUACCUCAUGGACCUUAUGCGGGGUGUGGACGGUGACGAUACACCCUCCCAUUGGCAGAGGAUAGAACCGUGGCGGAGAGAACGCCGUGCAGACAAAGCUUUGAGACGUAAACUCUUGGGCUAUUGAUGCAUUUGAUCAUCCACC